AUGCCGCAAUACUUUGACAUCGGAGUCAACCUCACGGACCCGAUGUUUGCCGGUGUGUACAACCGCAAGCAGUACCACGCGGCAGAUCUCGCCUAUGUUUUUGAACGUGCGCAAAUGUUCAACAUCUCCCGGAUGCUCGUGACCGGCUCGUCACUCAAAGAGUCGGCGGUGGCCAUGGAGAUCACCAAACAGCACCCAGCCUGGUUGUUCUCCACUGUGGGGGUGCACCCGUGUUCGGUGACGGAGUUUGUGGAAACCCCGUCGGGCGGGUCUGCCGUCACGCACAUGGAGGAGUUGAAGCAGUUGGCGCUUGAGGGAAAGCGAUCGGGGCACGUCAAAGCUUUCGGGGAGAUUGGUCUUGACUACGACCGCUUCCACUACGCCCCUAAGGAAUUGCAAAUUGAAUACUUCCGCAAGCAGUUGGACGUUGCGUGUGACGUUGGUUUGCCGUUAUUUCUCCACAUGAGAGCGGCUUGUGACGAUUUUAUCGACAUCAUUGAGCCGUACUACACCUCUGGCAAGCUCACGCAUCCGGGUGUGGUCCAUUCCUUCACCGGCACCCUUGAGGAGUUGCGCGAGUUGCUUAGGGUUGGUUUCUACAUCGGGAUUAACGGGUGUUCGCUCAAAACACAGGAAAACUUGGAUGUGGUGGCGCAGAUCCCCUUGGAUCGCUUGAUGUUAGAGACGGAUGCGCCGUGGUGCGAGGUCAGACCAAGCCACGCGGGGUACAGGUUGAUCACCAAGUACCCCAACAAGGCUUAUCCCGAAAUUCCCCAGGAAAGUAAUGACGAGCCGACUGAAGAGAUUGCGCAGCUUUUGUUAGAGUGCAAGAUGAAGCUGACAAAAAAGCCUUCGGGUCCAAGAAUGGAUGAGUUUCUUCCGUUACCUUCGCUCAAAAGAGAACAAGUGACGAAGCAUAUGGAGACGCUCACGGAAACAAUAUCGUUAGGUGAAAAGGCCCCGCCAUUGGUGCGGUCCAGAAACGAGCCUUGUUUGAUUGGGUUCGUCGCCGAGAUCGUGGCUAGUGUCCAGGGAAAGGAGGUGGACGAAGUGAUAUCCCGCGCCUGGGACAACAGUUGCAAGGUGUUUGGGGUAUAA